AUGAGUCUCAAACGCAAAGCCGCCGCUGCAGCUACCGACGCGUCCAAGAAGACCAAGCAGAACGGCAGCAUUACUGCCUUCUUCGGCCCACCCAAAACCGACCCCAAUGCACCCCCCAAGCAGACGGCUGCAGCUGCAAAGUUUGACAAAGAUGCCUGGGUUGCCAAACUCACCGAUGAGCAGAAGGACCUUCUGCAGCUUGAGCUCGAUACCAUGCACGAGAGCUGGCUCCCGCAUCUGAAGGAUGUGCUUGUAACGCCCCAGUUUCUGCAACUGAAACGUUUCCUCAAGCAGGAGCUGGCGAGCGGCAAGACGGUCUAUCCCCCAAUGAAAGACGUUUACUCAUGGUCGCGACACACACCGCUUAACACAGUCAAGGUAGUCAUCACAGGCCAGGAUCCUUAUCACGGCCCCAACCAAGCCCACGGCCUCUGCUUCUCCAUCCGUCCACCGAACCCCGCCCCACCCUCGCUCCAGAACAUCUACAAAGCCCUUAAGAAGGAAUACCCAGACUACCAGCCACCGCCAAACAAAGGUGGACUGCUGAUUCCUUGGGCCGAGCGGGGCGUGUUGCUCAUCAAUACCUGCUUGACUGUUCGCAGAGGCGAAGCAAACUCGCAUUCUGGCAAAGGCUGGGAAUUGCUCAUGCAAAAAGUGAUUGACACCGUGGCAAAGGUGCGAACCAACGGUGUCGUCUUCUUGGCCUGGGGCACUCCAGCCCAACAGAGGACAAAGGGCAUCCCAGUGGAUAAGCAUCUUGUUCUCAAGAGUGUGCACCCCAGCCCGCUAAGUGCAGCGAGAGGAUUCUUUGACUGUGGGCAUUUCACUAAAUGUAAUGAAUGGCUUGUUCAGAGAUAUGGAAAAGACGGGGGCAUUGACUGGGACCUCAAUCCUAAACCUGAAAAGGAAAAGGCAAAGGAAGAGGAGAAAGAAGAGGAGAAGGAAAAAGAAAAAGAAUAG